AUGACCUCGCUCAAGUCCCCCUGCUCCGGCGCCGCCGUCCACGACGACGAAGACAUUGCCGUGGCCACCACCUCCGGAGCUCAGCCCGAAGGCACCGAACUCGCCCGCAGACGACGACACUCCUUCUUCAUCCCUAGACGCAAGUCAAUCGUCAGCCACAUCAUGGACGGAGAGGAGCAUUUGCUGUUGAAGGUCGACCUCUUUCUCACCGAACUCGAGCGCCGCCUCGAAUUCAUUGAGGAAUACGGCGAGCUCACCUUCGACUCUAGCAUAUCCCGCGCCUUCUCCACCCUCCAGACCGUCCGCGCACGAUGCUCCCACGCCUCGGAGGAAGUCCUCGGCGCAGGCCGCAGGCGCCUGCACAUCAUGGUCGAGACGUUGGAAGCCCGCUACCAGGACGCCCUCGCCUCCGCCGAGUCCCUGAACGAAAAGGCCCGCGUCGGCAUCGAGCUGCUCGACGACAUGCUCACCGAGUACGAGAGCCGCGCUUACAAGCUCCGCGAGCAGAGCCUGGCCAGCGCCACGAGCGCCGCCGGAGCCUUCAUGUCCGAGGGACGCAGGGUCGUCGACGGCGGUAUCGAGCUCGCCCGCGAGGUCGUGGACGAGAGUAUCGGGCGGGCCAAGCGUGCGGCGGAGAGCCUCGAGGAGACGAUUGAGCGUGCCAUUGAACGCGCGAGGACGACAAAGCUGAUCACCUACGACGACCUGCCCAUGCCGUGGCGCAUCAACCCGCACAUCCGCAACGGCUACCGCUUUACCGAGUCCAAGCUGGAGUGCAUCUGGUCCGCCUUUGGCGUCUCAAACGAGCUCGUCAACAUCUGGUCCCACGCCAUCGGCCUGUUCAUCGUCCUGGCCGUCGCUCUUUACUUCUAUCCCCGCAACGUCAACUUCUCCCUCAGCACCAAGACCGACAUCUUCAUCGCCGCCGUCUUCUUCUUCACCGCGUGCCUGACGCUGGUCUGCUCGACCAUCUGGCACACCAUGAACGCCGUCGCGGACGUCGACGCAAUCUCCAUCUUUGCGUGUGUCGACUACACCGGCAUCUCCCUGCUGAUCGCCGCAUCCAUCGUGACCACCGAAUACACCGCCUUCUACUGCGACCCCGUCAGCCGCUGGACGUACAUGUCGACCACCGCCUUCCUCGGCAUCGGCGGCGUCAUCCUCCCCUGGCACCCCACCUUCAACGGAGCAGACAUGGCGUGGGCCCGCGUCGCCUUCUUCGUCGGCCUCGGCGCCACCGGUUUCCUGCCCAUCCUGCAGCUGUACUUCUCCCACGGCCCCGACUUUGUGUGGACCUUUUACACGCCCAUCGCAAAGUCUAUCUUCGUCUACCUCCUGGGCGCCUUCGUGUACGCCAGCAAGAUCCCCGAGAGGUGGUGUCCCGGCAUGUUCGAUUACAUCGGCGGCAGCCACAACCUGUGGCAUCUGGCCGUUCUCGGCGGCAUCCUGUUCCACUACACGGCCAUGCAGUCCUUCUUUGCGGAUGCCUUCCGCCGCGCCGAGGCAGAGUGCUCCAUCUACUGA